GUUGUUGUGAUAUUUUCUUUGUGUCUGGCAAGUUGCGUGGGUGGGAAUUAAUUUAAUUACAUUUUACUUAAGAAAUCAAAGGCUACGCUAGAACACCAUGGCAACGGUUCGAACGCCUAAGCAAAAGGUCAUUCUCUGUGGUGACUAUGGCGUGGGCAAGAGUUCCUUGUUUCGACGCUUCGCCAACAACUCAUUUGUGACCGAAACAGACCGCAAAUCCACGUUGGGAUUAGACCAUAUUGAUCGCGAGUACAAUGUAGGCGAGAAACAACUCAAGUUACAAUUGUGGGACACUGGCGGCAUGGAACGUGUGGCGUCUGUGACUUCGUCGUAUUACAAAUUUGCCGAAGGUGCAAUACUCGUGUUUGCCUUGGACAAUGCCGCAUCCUUUCACUCGUUAUCGCAGCAUUUGCUGGACAUUGUCACAUAUGCAGAGAGUGCCAAGAUAUUUAUUUGUGGCAAUAAGAGCGACCUCGAGGGUCGGGAACCGGAAGUUACCGAUGAGGAUAUGGAAGCAUUUUGUGAACAGUGCCAUUCUCUGAUUAGUGCCACCUACAAAACGUCUUGUCGAACCGGCGAGGGUAUCGAGGAAAUGUUCCAGGACAUAUCUCGCCAGUUGGCGGAGGCCAAUCGCUCCAAAAUGGAGCUGCAGGCGCUCGAACGACAGAGUUUCCAGAUUGACAAGGCCAUCGAGGCAGACACCAAUGAGGAAGCAUCCUCAUGUAGUUGCUAGCAGUUGGGGAACAUUGAGUUUGGCUAAUCUUAUUGGCGCUCCAUGCUGAACUCAAUGCAACGCAUUUCUUUAACGUUAUAUUUAAUUUAUUAUAUUUGUAGUUAUUUUAAUGAUUUGUAAAUAUUAUUUUCGAAUUUAUAACUGAAACGUCCAAAUACGUAGUGUUUAAUACAAGUAUGAUAUUGUUGAUA